GCCGCUUCGGGCCGCGCUCGGUUCCUCUCCACCUGCCGGCGCGCGGCGCUGGCCAUGGGCAGCUGCGGGCCGGGGGGCGGUGGCGCGGGGCCCCGCUGAGCCCGCCGGGCGGGCAUGGGCGACCGCGAACGCAACAAGAAGCGGCUGCUGGAGCUGCUGCAGGCAGCGGGCACCGGCAACGCGCACUGCGCCGACUGCGGGGCGGCGGAUCCCGACUGGGCCUCUUACAAGCUGGGCAUCUUCAUCUGUCUGAACUGCUCCGGGGUCCACCGCAACUUCCCCGACGUCAGCAGAGUCAAAUCCGUGAGACUGGACUUCUGGGACGACAGUAUCGUGGAGUUUAUGACCCACAAUGGGAAUCUGCGUGUGAAGGCCAAGUACGAAGCCAGAGUCCCUGCCUUCUACUACGUCCCCCAGGCCAGUGACUGCCUGGUCUUAAAGGAACAAUGGAUUCGAGCUAAGUAUGAGAGACAGGAGUUCAUGGCUGAUGGGAAAACCCUCUCACCCCCAGGGAACAGAGAAGGGUUCCUGUGGAAGCGAGGAAGGGACAACGCGCAGUUCCUGAAGAGGAGGUUUGUCCUCCUGGCCAGAGAAGGUCUCCUGAAGUACUACACCAAGGAGGAGGGUAAGGGACCCAAAGCUGUCAUCAGCAUCAAGGACUUGAACGCCACCUUCCAGACCGAGAAGAUCGGGCACCCCCAUGGGCUGCAGAUAACCUACAGAAAAGAGGGUCACCUCCGGAACCUGUUCGUGUACCACGAAAGCGGCAAGGAGAUAGUGGACUGGUUCAAUGCCCUCCGAGCAGCUCGCCUGCAAUACCUGAGGGGAGCCUUUCCCGAGCUCCCCGAGUCCGAGCUCGCGUCCCUCAUCACCUGGAACUACCUCAAACAAGGCUUCAUGGAAAAGACUGGCCCGAAGCACAGAGAACCUUUCAAGAAAAGGUGGUUUGCCUUGGACCCCCAGGAGCGCAGGCUGAUCUACUACAAGCACCCGCUGGAUGCCUUUGAGCAGGGCCAGGUGUUUCUGGGGAGCAAGGAGCAGGGGUACGAGGUGCACGAGGACCUGCCCAAGGGCGUGCGGGGGAACCGCUGGAAAGCCGGCCUCACCGUGGUCACCCCCGAGCGCAGAUUCAUCCUCACCUGCCCCAGCGAGAAGGAGCAGCGGGAGUGGCUGGAGAGUUUCUGGGACGUCCUGGGCCGCCCCCUGACACCCCUCAACCUUCUCACAGCGUCCACAGAUGGUGCCAGCCACAGCAGGUGACCCAUGAAGGCUUGUGCUGGUCACUAGCCACCCGGAGCUCCAGUGGAAAGGAGGAAUUCUCGCUUCAACCCUAGUGUCCCUGCAGGCGUGUCCUGCUGUGGGCAGCCAGCGCUGACAGCAAGUGUGCAGAGACUGAAGAUUCUGCCUUUACCUGCUGGUUCCUGGGGCCUCCAGACUGUCCUGCCUUGGAGGUCAGGGAUCUAGGAGCUGUCCUCAGGACUUCCGAAGUAAAGGCAUUGCAAUGAAAAGGGGCAGCGAUGGCACCACACAAGUGGCAUGUUGCUCCAAAGCAAUAAAGAUUUUAAUCAGGAUCACGAAGAGAGACCAUGAAGAAAGAAUUGGGCAAAGCCACGUUUGGGAUUCUCCACAACACAGCUGGGCCAGACUCUAAAAAUAAAAGAUAAAGUAGGCUUCCCCAAGACAGGGGCAUAACAACCGAGCACAACCCAUACUUCUUGAGUGGAUCCUGAACUACAUAGUAAUAGGGAGAUAAAGAACAUAAUUAAAAUCAGUAGCUGGGGGCUGGAGUGAUAGUUCGGCAGGUCGGGCCCUUGUUUUGAUCUCUGGCACUGCAUAGGUAUCCAGACUACCACUAGGAGUGACCCCUGAGCGCAGAGCAUGGGUGAGCCCUGAGCACUGGGUGUGGCUCCAAAAACAAAAUAAAAUACAUAGUAGGGAAGAUCUGAAUGUGGAUGGAUAUUAGCUAAAAGCAUAAGAUUAUAAUACUUCUGUAUUUGUAGAGGAGAAUGUCUGGGGGGAAAUGUAAUAUCUACAGUUGACUUAUGUAGUUCAGCAAAAAGAAGUGUCUGUGUACAUACAUAUGUAAAAAGUAUAUACAUAUAUCUCUAAUGUGAGAAUAUACAGAGUGCAAGAGAGAAAACGGGCCUUUGUGCAAAUGUCAGCAACUAACAAGUGUAGAUGAAGUAUAGGUGGUCUUUCCGGUUCUAUUUGUGCACAUUUUCUAUAAAUGUAAAAGUUUUCAAAUUAAAAGCUGGGGAAAAAUUUUUACAUAACCUCUACUUUUCACUCUUCAAAUAUGGUUUAUCUACAUGGAUCUAAAAGUUUCCUAGAGGUACUGGGGCAAUAGUACAGUGGGUAGGACGUUUGCCUUGCACGUGGCCGACUCAGGUUUGACCCCAGCAUCCCAUAUGGUCUCCCAAGCACUGCCAGGACUAAUGCCUGAGUGCAGAAACAAGAGUAAUCCCUGAGCAUCUCUGGGUGUGAUCCAAAAAGCAAAAACAAGGGGGCUGGAGCGAUAGCAUAGCGGGUAGGGUGUUUGCCUUGCACGCGGUUGACUGGGGUUCAAUUCCCAGCAUCCCAUAUGGUUCCCUGAGCACCGCCAGGAGUGAUUCCUGAGUGCAGAGCCAGGAGUAACCCCGGUGCAAUGCCAGGUGUGACCCAAAAAGCAAAAAAAAAAAAAAACAGACAAAAACAAAAAGCAAAAACAAAAUAAACAAAAAAUCCGAAUGGUUCCUGGAGGCAUUCUAUCUAUCAUUGUAAACAUUUCAGAUGCAUCAAAGUUUGGCUAAUAAAAACAACAAAACAAACCAACUAAUCAAACCCUAUUGUCUGCAUAUCGCCAUGCCCUGGAAGAAGAAAAACUGAGGAGAAUACUUCCUCAGGUCCCUGGGCUGACAAGUACCCAGUCCAUGUGCCAGGGGCUGCUUUGCCAUAAACCAGAAAUCUAGGAAAACUGUACAGUGGGCAAGGCUCUCAGAUACCAGGAUGAGGAAGUUGAGUCUAACUUGAAAUUCAACGGAGGCAACAAGGGUUUUGAGCACCUACCAGGCGCCAUCUUUGUGCCCAACUCUGGGAAUAGUCUGGAAUCACAAGAUCUGGUUCCUGCUGUCAGAGAUGACAGUGCCAAGACCUCAGCAGCCUCAGAGGCACUGUGAGACAAUGAGGUGAGUGUUCAGAAAGGGGAAGUCUAGGCUGCCAAGGGAGUGUGUGGUAACAGGGCUGCGCUGAGUGGGUGAGGGAAGCCUCCUUCAUUUGCAGAAAGACUGAGGAGGCUGGGGUUUACCUCGUGUUAGAGCAUAAGACAGACA